AUGGCUUCGAGUGCGAUCCUGGGCAGCUUGGGGGGCUUCAUCGGCGACAACAUCAACAAGCAUCUGGUCAACGGACAAGCUGUGUGUUCCAACCGUGCAGGCGGUAGCACAACCGGCGGCAGCAACGGGAGAGACAACCACCAAAACGACCAUCAGAGGAAACCGGGACUCGGCGAAAAAUCGAAUGAUUUGACACCCGACGCGAACUCGAACCCGCAGCGCGCUAAUAAUAAUAAUAAUAAUAAUUAUCAUAAUAAUUCGCAGCAAUUGGCUACUCCCACUCCCGAGUCAAACACCAGCCACCAGAAUUUGGACACGCAUCGUCAAAAUCACAAUUCGUCCAAAUUGCCGGCUUUUCGAUUUGCGGACUUGAAGCAGUCACCUGCUCAAAAGCAGCAAACCCCCAUUUCUCCCGUGUCACCCGCCCACAGCACUCACCUUUCCAGUUCGAGUCCGCUUGGCUCCACAAUAAGCGAGCACGAGCCCGCGUCUGAGCACCAGCACCCACCACAAUCAAAGCAGCAGCAUCAGAACAGCCUGCAGAGGAAUUCUAGCCCAGCCCAUCCUGGCAGUGCUCCUGCUGCUACUGCUGCCGCUGAGCACGCAACAGAAGCAAACUCCACCAACUCCAGCACAAAAGCAACAUCCGCGACAGAAACUGCUGCGGAAGGCAGAGAAAAGCCGGUUUCGACCCAACCCACUUUGACGGCGCCUGGCCUCGACAACUCUUCGGUAUCUCUUGAUAUCCCCACUUCCUCAAUCAACAACAACAACAACAAAAACACCACCAAAAUACCAAAAAAUACCGCCACAAGCCCACUCAGGGAACGACUUGCGACUCUUCACACCACAGCGGCAUCGACAGCAACGUCAAGACCAAUUAAGGCCUCUUUUACCGUAAGGCGACACGCUUCAUUGCCAGCAGACUCGUCUUCCGUCAACUUAAACCCCGAUCGGACACAGUAUACCAGUGCAAAUACCCCACAAUCCUCCGUCUCUGCUGCGAGCACACGCCCCGCGCGACAUCGGUAUUCAGACCCAAGCUCCGAAAUAACAGCCAUUUCGUCGCGUGCAAGGAGUCGGCAAGCGACGGAACAAGGUGAGCCGGCCGUGGAGGUUGCCGCGACCGGCACAAACCCAAAGGACUCGGCAACCCGAUCGCGCGGGCUCUUGGCAGGAAAGACAUCGCACCUCGAAGACGAGGCAGAUGACAAGCGGAAGUUUAAAUCACGACCUCCCGUAUCGUUUAGGCCACUGAGAAGCGACGCUCCGGUAAUUCGCGUGCCGCCGAUUCGAUCUUUUCGUUCCUCGGGGUCGCGAAAAAGCUGGGUACUGGACACCACAGCCAAGACAAUGCGUUCUACUCUUGAUGAGGGCACUUACGGAGACGAUUCAAGAGACCCGAACCACCGUGAUCGAACCCUCUGGGCGUUGGAGGGUAGGACCCCUGCCGAUGCUCAAAUGACGCCACCGGAUUCUGCCGUUGCGACGCCAGACGCGGAUAACACUGCCGAUCUUUUCAUGAGGAUAGCAAGCGAAGAUGCGCCUCCCGCGCCCGAAGAUGGAGACCGGCAGGUCCACGAACCAAGCGCCAUAUCAAGAGUCGCACGUUCGUUCCAUCGACGACCGCUAUCGACUGUAAUACCACCGUCACACACGCCAACAUCUCCACCUCAGAUCACUCGACGUCUUUCUGACCAGCGCGAGACAAGUCAUUUUCAACGGUCUUCGAGCGAGCAGCCUGGGCAACAAACGACGAGGGAGUGGGCACAGCGUUCUGUUGGCAGUAGAGAAAGGUCCGUUCAGAUUGACGACAGGGCCAGGUCGAGAGUGCUAGUGGGUCCACCUGCCCUUAAAUCGUCUCCAGCGACGCCACGAUCCCCGCCAUCUCAGGAUACGCCAGACGGUUUCUUUUCCCACUCUAGACGGAGAACAUCAAUCACAGAAAAUUCAAUGCUACCAAGCAGAACUGCAUCGCUGAAGAGUUCUGCAUAUGGGCAUACGCGCACUUUCAACUCAUCGCCUCUGGUGCCAAGGCAAUCUGAGCCUCAGGCAUCCGAGGUAACCAAUGGUUAUGCGGCGGAAGGAACCGAGUCGUCGGCAUCUACAGCGGCUCCGUCGACUGUCUGGGACGAACUGGAUGAUAUCAGGUCCCGGAUUCACAGGCUUGAACUUACUGGGAAGACACCUGCGACUUCAGGACACGCGAUGUCGAGGGUCUCGGACGAUAGACCCAGGACUGCGACUACCAAUGCCACAACAAUGUCGGUGUCACCUAAACGACCCGGUGUACAUCUGGCUGCAGAUGCUAGUAGUACUACAUCUUCACAGCGCGAAGCGCAGCCCAUUCUUCUAUCAGCUGUUGCUAAAGCUCGACCCUAUAUGAAUAAUGAUGCGUUUGGUGCUCUCGAGUCCGCGGCCUCGGAAGUUAUGUCGCUCGCCCAAAUGCUGGGCUCUGUCGGCCAGCCGGGCCCCAUCUCGAGCGGUGCUAGCACUAUUGGGGGCGGUUCAAAUGUGACAGAUAGGCAGCUGCGACGCAAGGCGGACAGCAUAUGCAGGAGUUUGACCGAGAUGUGCUUGUCGCUGGCGGACGAGGCCGCACAGCGGAAAAACUCGGCAGGCCCUGAGACGCCUCGUGAUAAGGAAGCGGCUUCGGCGAGUCCAACUAGGCCUUUUUCAUCACUUACUGGGGCAGGUCAACGACGAACAGUCGCUGCUUCCGAAGUUGGGCUGUCCCGAAUCAACACGACAAUCAGCCCACGUACACUGGCUAGACCGGAUGAGCGAAGGGCGACUUUCCUAAGUUCGGGCGUGUCUUCAAGUCCUCGGCUCGCAAUGUCACCGGCGACGCCAAAUGCCGAGCCGUCGACGCCAGGCACCGGCAGGAGAUCAUCACUCCUUAUAUCGCGAACACGUCGAGCAGGCACCGAGGAGCCUGAGGAUUCCAGUGGUGGUCGUAAACCGUCACUAUUGAUGAGGACACGUAGAGCCGGGACAGAGGAGCCAGACGAGGGCCGAAAGACUUCACUGUUGCUUCGAGGCCAGAGAGCAACCUAUGUGGAAGAUGAGGAUGAUUCACCGCGCGUGCGAGCUCCAUCGCGUGCCGCGACGGAAUUGGGUGCUUUCAGAAGAGACUACACGGGGAGUCAGCAGCAACAACAACCUGCGCCAAGCUCCGAGGCAUCGGGCCUUUUGAGUGUGUCUCAAUCGAGGAGGCGAUUGGUUUCCUCGUCGCUUAACUCGCGUUUGAUGGCCCCAUCAGCAGCUCAAUCUUCCGUCCCGGGCCGCAGAUAUUUCGAUCGUUCUACGCCAGAGAGGGAUGCCGGCAGCAUCGCGACAGAUAAGCUUUCAGAAGAUCGAAGCCAGCGACAGUUUACGUUUGGGCAUAAUAGGGCAAGCAGCCUGAGCAAACGGCGAGAAAGCGGAAUUCCUAGCUUUGUGGGGUCAGCUGCCGCCAGCCAUGUUGGGACAUACAGGUAG